CGCCGCGGGCCGGGGCAGCCCCGGCCUCUUUGGGAAACUUCUCGGCAAGUCGGCAUGGGCAGGGGGGCCGGCGCCGCGGCCUCACUGCCGCUGCUGGCGGCGCUCGCCCUGCUGCUGGCCGGAGGCUCGCCCGCUCUGCCGGGAGCGGCCCGCGCUCAGCUCUCCGCAGGGGGAUGUACCUUUGAUGAUGGUCCAGGGCCCUGUGACUACCAUCAAGAUUUGUAUGAUGACUUCGACUGGGUACAUGUCAGUGCUCAAGAGCCUCACUAUUUGCCACCUGAGAUGCCUCAAGGGUCAUAUAUGAUAGUGAUUUCAUCGGACCAUGACCCUGGAGAAAAGACUCGACUUCAGCUUCCAACAAUGAAAGAAAAUGAUACUCACUGUAUCGAUUUCAGUUAUCUUCUGUAUAGCAAGAGUGGAGCAAACCCAGGAACUCUGAACAUCUUGGUUAGGGUGAACAAAGGGCCGCUGGCUAAUCCCAUCUGGAAUGUCACUGGCUCCACUGGCAAAGACUGGCUUCGAGCAGAGCUGGCUGUCAGCACCUUCUGGCCCAAUGAGUAUCAGGUAAUAUUUGAAGCCGAAGUCUCAGAUGGGAGAAAUGGCUACAUUGCCAUUGAUGACAUCCAGGUUCUGAGUUACCCUUGUGAUAAAUCUCCACAUUUCUUGAGGCUGGGGGAUGUAGAGGUCAAUGCAGGGCAGAAUGCUACAUUUCAGUGCAUUGCUACAGGGAGAGAUGCAGUGAAUAACAAGUUAUGGCUCCAGAGAAGAAAUGGGGAAGAUAUACCAGUUGCUCAGACUAAAAAUAUAAAUCACAGAAGAUUUGCUGCUACCUUUAAGUUGCAAGAGGUGACAAAAACUGACCAGGAUUUAUACCGUUGUGUAACUCAAUCAGAGAGAGGUUCUGGAGUGUCAAAUUUCGCUCAACUUAUUGUUCGAGAGCCUCCUCGACCAAUAGCACCUCCACAGUUGCUGGGCGUUGGACCAACAUAUUUGCUAAUUCAGCUCAAUGCAAAUUCAAUUAUUGGUGAUGGACCCAUUAUUCUGAAAGAAGUGGAAUAUCGAAUGACAUCUGGGACCUGGACUGAAACCCAUGCCGUCAAUGCCCCAACCUACAAACUCUGGCACUUGGAUCCGGACACUGAAUAUGAGAUUCGGGUGUUGCUUACCAGACCAGGUGAAGGUGGCACCGGGCAGCCAGGACCACCGCUCAUCACCAGAACCAAGUGUGCAGAACCUAUGAGAACACCUAAAACUUUGAAGAUUGCUGAGAUUCAGGCCAGACACAUUGCAGUGGAUUGGGAAUCUCUGGGUUACAAUAUCACUCGUUGCCACACUUUCAAUGUCACAAUAUGCUACCAUUACUUCUGUGGACGCAACGAGAGCAAAGCAGACUGCUUGGACAUGGACCCCAAAGCACCCCAGCAUGUUGUGGAUCAUCUGCCUCCGUACACAAAUGUCAGCCUCAAAAUGAUCUUAACCAACCCAGAAGGGAGGAAGGAAAGCGAGGAGACCAUUAUCCAGACAGACGAAGAUGUUCCAGGACCUAUACCUGCCAAGUCAGUGAAAGGAACCCCUUUUGAAGAUAAAAUCUUCCUCAACUGGAAGGAACCUGUGGACCCAAAUGGCAUCAUCACUCAGUAUGAGGUGAGCUACAGCAGUAUACGGUCGUUUGAUCCUGCUGUUCCAGUGGCAGGACCUCCACAAACUGUGUCAAAACUGUGGAACAGCACACACCACGUCUUUUCACAUUUACAUCCUGGGACUACUUACCAGUUCUUUUUACGUGCAAGCACUAUCAAGGGGUUUGGGCCAGCAACCACAAUCAAUGUAACAACCAACAUUUCAGCUCCCACUUUACCGGACUAUGAAGGAGUUGAUGCGUCUCUCAAUGAAACUGCUACUACAAUAACUGUGCUCUUGAGACCAGCACAGGCCAAAGGUGCUCCUAUCAGUGCCUACCAGAUCGUUGUUGAGGAGCUGCACCCGCACCGAACGAAGCGAGAGACAGGUGCCAUGGAAUGCUACCAAAUCCCCAUCACCUACCAGACGGCUCUCAGUGGGGGAUCGCCAUAUUACUUUGCUGCUGAGCUGCCCCCUGGAAACCUGCCGGAGCCUGCCCCUUUCACUGUGGGUGACAACAGGACCUACCAGGGUUUCUGGAAUCCACCACUGGCUCCUCGGAAAGGCUACAACAUCUAUUUCCAGGCCAUGAGCAGCGUUGAGAAGGAAACCAAAACUCAGUGUGUUCGAAUAGCUACCAAAGCAGCAGCAACAGAAGAACCUGAGGUGAUUCCAGAUCCAGCAAAGCAGACAGAUCGGGUGGUGAAAAUAGCAGGAAUAAGUGCUGGAAUUCUGGUAUUCAUCCUGCUUCUCCUUGUUGUCGUAUUAAUCGUAAAAAAAAGCAAACUUGCAAAGAAGCGCAAGGAUGCCAUGGGAACCACCCGUCAGGAGAUGACACACAUGGUGAAUGCAAUGGAUAGAAGUUACGCUGACCAGAGCACCUUGCAUGCAGAGGAUCCCCUUUCAAUCACAUUUAUGGACUCUCAUAACUUCAGCCCCAGAUAUGAAAAUCAUAGUGCAACAGCAGAGUCCAGUCGCCUCCUGGAUGUCCCCCGUUACCUAUGUGAAGGCACAGAGUCCCCCUACCAGACCGGGCAGCUGCACCCUGCCAUCAGAGUGGCUGAUCUACUGCAGCACAUUAACCUGAUGAAGACUUCUGACAGCUAUGGAUUUAAAGAGGAGUAUGAGAGUUUCUUUGAGGGGCAGUCAGCUUCUUGGGAUGUCGCUAAGAAGGAUCAAAACAGAGCAAAGAAUCGCUAUGGAAACAUUAUAGCAUAUGACCACUCCAGGGUGAUUUUGCAACCUGUUGAAGAUGAUCCAUCUUCAGAUUACAUUAAUGCCAACUACAUAGAUGGAUAUCAGAGACCAAGUCACUACAUUGCAACCCAAGGUCCAGUUCAUGAGACUGUGUAUGAUUUUUGGAGAAUGAUAUGGCAGGAGCAAUCGGCUUGUGUUGUGAUGGUCACAAACUUAGUGGAAGUUGGAAGAGUCAAGUGUUACAAAUAUUGGCCUGACGACACAGAAGUUUAUGGUGACUUCAAGGUGACUUGUGUAGAGAUGGAGCCCCUGGCAGAGUACGUGGUCAGGACCUUCACUCUUGGAAGGAGAGGCUACAAUGAAAUCCGUGAAGUCAAACAGUUUCAUUUCACUGGCUGGCCAGAUCAUGGAGUUCCUUACAAUGCUACAGGCCUGCUUUCAUUUAUACGAAGAGUCAAAUUAUCUAAUCCUCCUAGUGCAGGACCUAUUGUCGUCCACUGCAGUGCUGGUGCUGGACGCACAGGUUGCUAUAUUGUGAUUGAUAUCAUGCUAGACAUGGCAGAAAGAGAAGGCGUUGUGGAUAUCUACAACUGUGUCAAAGCAUUACGGUCCCGUCGCAUCAACAUGGUACAGACAGAGGAGCAGUACAUCUUUAUUCAUGAUGCCAUUCUAGAAGCUUGCCUGUGUGGGGAAACUGCCAUUCCUGUCUGUGAAUUCAAAGCUGCUUAUUUUGAUAUGAUUAGAAUAGACUCUCAGACAAACUCUUCACAUCUCAAAGAUGAGUUUCAGACCCUGAAUUCUGUUACCCCUCGCCUGCAAGCCGAGGACUGCAGCAUAGCUUGCUUGCCAAGGAACCAUGACAAGAACCGCUUCAUGGAUAUGCUGCCACCUGACAGAUGUCUGCCCUUCUUAAUUACUAUUGAUGGGGAGAGCAGCAACUACAUCAAUGCAGCUCUUAUGGAUAGCUACAGGCAGCCGGCAGCUUUUAUUGUCACGCAACAUCCUUUACCAAACACUGUGAAAGAUUUCUGGAGAUUAGUGUAUGACUAUGGCUGUACUUCUCUUGUGAUGUUAAACGAGGUCGACUUAGCACAGGGCUGCCCACAAUACUGGCCAGAAGAAGGAAUACUGCGUUAUGGUCCCAUUCAAGUGGAAUGCGUGUCUUGUUCAAUGGACUGCGAUGUGAUAAACCGAAUUUUCAGGAUAUGCAAUCUAACAAGACCACAAGAGGGCUAUCUAAUGGUGCAGCAGUUCCAGUAUUUGGGAUGGGCUUCUCACAGAGAUGUACCAGCUUCCAAGAGAUCCUUCUUGAAAUUAAUCCUCCAAGUUGAAAAAUGGCAGGAGGAAUGUGAAGAAGGGGAGGGCCGGACCAUUAUUCAUUGUCUAAACGGUGGUGGCCGGAGUGGGAUGUUCUGUGCCAUCGGCAUUGUGGUUGAGAUGGUAAAAAGGCAGAAUGUGGUUGAUGUUUUCCAUGCUGUGAAGACUUUGAGGAACAGUAAACCCAACAUGGUAGAAACUCCGGAGCAGUAUCGCUUCUGCUAUGAUGUUGCACUGGAGUAUCUGGAAUCCUCUUAGUUGGAAUGGAUGUGACAAAGUUCACCAAAUAUCUGAAUCUCAUUACGCUGUUUUGACAACAGUUCUUGAUCCUGUGAAGAAAGAUUUUAAGGGAAGAGGGGGGAGGGGGGAUUUUAAAUUUUAAAUGCAAAGUAUUUUUCUUAUGAAGUUGUGUAUCUUAAUAAAAGAAUUCAAUCUGUUUCUAUGCUUGUAUACAGUAUCAACAUUUAGUGCCACAUAAAUACUAUUUAAUGAAAACCAGAGUCAGAAGAGAUUUGCGCAAAUUAGGACUUUUCAGUGUUUGUAUAUGCAGCCGUCUCUCAAUUACAGUAGAGCGACCAUCUGUUGCAUGUAUCAAUAUUUCCUAUAUAGUAUUAAUUUUCUUUUUUUUUUUUUUCUUUUGAUACAUUGUUAAAGUACAAUAACAGUGCAGAUUGAUAGUAAGGUUCAUUCUUUAUACGUUUCAAGUGUUGCAUAUAUAUAUUAUAUAUAGUUUAAAAAAAAAAACUGGCUUAUUUUGUUUUAAUGUGCAAUGAUGGCUGGAUCACAUAAAGAUCUUUAUAAAGAAACUUAAACAUAAGCCAAAGACUCAAGUGUAAAUAUGUCUAUAUGGAGAAAGCACAUGUAUUUAUUGUUUACUCGCAUUCCUUUUUUGAUGGCUGAAAAAAAGAAGAAUCAUUUUUCUUGAAGAAAGCUUUUUUUGCUGAAAUCAAGUGUAAACAAUUUUUGUAGUUUAUUUUUUGUAUGUUUAGUGUAAGUAGAAGACAUACUUUUUAUGCAUAGACCAAGAAACAUUGGUAUGGUGGUUUUGUUGUGUACAUGCCUGUGAAUCAGAUCCAUGUAAACAAUUAUAGAAGGUCUUUAACCACAGGACCAAAAUCAAAACAUUUUGCUGAAAAUGUAUAGUUUUUCACAUUUGCAUUAGUUAAAUACUGAUUAAAAUCUGUGGAAGGAAGGGUGCUCAUCAAAUCGACCUUGCCUGUGACUUGCACAUCAUUGGAAGAAAUUUUUAAGCACCGUUAGAGUUCUAAGGGAUCCAAUUGUUUAGAAAGAUACUGAAGCACAGAUCAACAGGAGAACUGUCAAGCAAAUAGGUGGUGGCUCUACAAAUGCCCUUUAGUGCAAAAAGCAUUUGUUUAACAAAUUGUAAAAAUAAGCAAUGUUUAUUUUGAUGUUUACGAACAUGUACGCUUUGCUUCCAAGAAAGCAAAAUUUGAAUAAACCAAAUCCAGAUUCUCAUUAUACUUGUGGUGUACAAAAUAUUACUUUGCUUUUGCUUAGCAUGUAUCUAUUUGUUCAAAAGCUUUCCUAUAUCUCAUCAGCUAAAAUCAUUUCAGUCUCUUGUUGGUCUUUUUUAGAACUGACAGUAAAAUGAUAAGGUGCUUAUAAAUAUUCUGUAAAGUAAGAGCGAAUUAAACUUUUAUUUAAAGAUUAUUUUUUUAUUAUUUCCUAUUUUAGCAAGCUCUCACUGUCCUUGUUAAGGAGUUGUACUUGUGUGAAGAUAGAUAUAUUUGGAUAAAGAAGAUCUCAAAAAGAAAUUGUAUUAUUUUUCACUUCAGCAUUUCAGGGAGUUUUUGAAAAGACUCUAUAUCAUAUGCAUGAAAACCAGUGCAUUAAAGUUUGUUUCUUUACUUGAGGAACAUGGAAUUACCCUUCUAAAACUGUGGCAGAGAAAUGUUUACAGGAAUUUUUUUUCUCAUAUUUUUUCAAAGCUCCUGUCUGUAUUGUUUACAUCUCUACCUGUUCCAGAUCUUUAAAAAAAUCAUUUUCUUUUGUUGUGCAAUGGUAGUUCCUGCCUAUGAAAGUAAACAAAUUGGGUUUGAAAAAGUUCACUGAGUCUCGGUACUCAAAAUUACUCUAUUUUUUGCCAUAUUGGAAAGGAAAUUUUAGUCUUCAUGGAAUGGAAUGAUAAUGUUCUCAACUUUAUCUGUAAGGCCAUGGCACAUGGCUCUCAAAAAGCUUCAUCAAGCUCUCUGCUCUCCCUCUUCUGUGGAGACAACAGAGCAUGUCCACAAACAGAUUCAUCCUGCAUGUUUUAGGUAUUUAAUGGGGUUAAGUGAACUGGGUUCUGGAAGAACCUUCCUCCUUACCCUUAAAGAUUGCUGAGAAAACUAUAUUACUCUAGAAGUCUAGACUAAUGUUUUGACAGAUGAGAUGAGCUGCUCUUAGGGCUGUGGAAUGCAGAAACUAAAUUCCAUACUGAUGGCAGUGAUUUUCUUUAUUUUUUCUCUCCGGACCAAAAAUGUAGCAUUAGGCUGAAUGAAUAGUUAACUUUCAUAGAGAGCUCCUACAUGAGGGAUCAUAGGGUCAGUCCUCACUAGAAGUUCAAACUCCUCGCUAAGCAAUUUGUGUCCUAUUUCCAAGGUGCACCAAGCAAGAAUGGUGCGUGCACAAACAUGAAGCUGGGCUUUGCAGCAUACUUGAGCAGAAUGGUGCCUGCAUGGGAGACCUCAGUCUCCAUCAACUACAAGGUAUUUCAGGUGAUUGUUCUGCAAACUCUGUCUAUGUUGUUUAAGUAUUAUGGAAGUGAGUGUAAUUUCUGACUAACUACAUACCUGACCUGAGGAGCUUUGCAAUAGCUCAUGAAAAACCUGCAGGAAGUUCUUGCUUGUAAGAUUAGGGAAAAGUAAGCAGGGGGAAUGCAGAGUGUGAAAAGCACCUCAGAAAAACCAUUCACCAGUAGGUGUGUCAGUAUCUUGGGGCUUCUUAAGCAGAAUGCAACAUUAUGUAGAAUCACCCAUUUCACACAGGUUUAGAGAGAAUUGGUGCUAUUUUUACAUCGAAAGUAAACAUGAAGUUUGAAUCUUAGUAUGCUCAGUAUAUGCAAGCAGUUACCUCAAUUUAUUUCAUUCAAGAGGUCACUCAGAAAACAGUUGUGUAGUCUAAAUAAGUCCUUGCCUCGCCCAAGGUGCCAGAUUAAGAAACAUCACAGAAAUAUGAAAGUAAACGCUGCUGCGGGAGUAUGGCAUUUCAAUUUUCAAAAUCCGAGAUCUAAAAAUGCCAACAAAGGGAGCAAUGGUAGGCAAGAGUUAUGCCACUGAGCCUACAAAGUGAAUUGAUAUGUUGAAAGACAAGAAAAGGGCAGUCUGAGAAAAAUUGUUGCAGACUCAUUGCGCGGCCAGGCCACCUGGACCGACAAAUGACCACAUAAAGGGCCUUUUUUAAGGUUCAUUCUGCUGCUUUGUCAGAGGAAACCCAGAGAUCUCACAAUAAAUGUAAAAGCUGCUUUUAUAGUGCUCUGCUCUGUGCUGAAAACUAACUCAUUUUCUGCUGUACUUUCCUGUGUCACAUAGAGGUCUGAACUGAGUUAAGUGAUCCUAAUCUCACAAAGGAGCUUUUGUGGUGUUUUAUUGCUGGUGCUCUUCCUUUGUUAAACAGACAAAGGUCUCUAACCUCUGUAGAUCCAGGAUUGUCGAGGAUAGCUGUGAAUAUUCACUUAUGUCUUUACCUCUGGACUUGUAUAUCUGUUAGCAACAGCUCUGUAUACAGAGGAUGGCUUUCAGAAUAUGCAAAGGUUUCGUGUCUUAAAUUUGCCUUCAGAUAAAUGCAGCAAAAACAUUGUAUUUAUGAUUUCUUUUAAUUAGAACAUCCUUUCAAACAGAAAGAAUGGCAAUGUAGUAGUGUUUUUGAAUUAUUUUAAACUUGUGUAAAAGUUGGUGAUAGCUGACAGGCGUGUUAGUUUGCCCCACUUUUCUCAGAAAUUAGUCUGUUUCUAUGCUACUGGGUUUAGAUUCCUAAUUCUGCAAAGAUUGACAUGCAUGAUGACAGGCACAAUAGGA